CCCAGCAGCAGCAGCAGCAGCAGCAGCGGCGGCGGCUGCACGACCUGAGACAGAGACACAGACAGACGCUGGACGCUGGGCUUGUCGGGAGGAGCGACAGGCACGCAGGGCGGGAGGGCGGAAGCCUCACCGGACGAGUUUCAGCAGCUACUAGCUGGCGCUGCCUGUCUGGUCUGCCGGAGAGAGAGAAUUGAAAGCAUCCAGAGAAUCCUGACUGAGUGAGACAUGACAACUGCCAUAGUUAAAUGGUGAAGCCAGAUAUAGUCCAAUUGCCAAAAUUGAAGGUGUGAUUAUAAUAACAUACGUGUCUGUUUGUGGGUCCUUAUACACACCCACAAACUUAUUGCUGCAGCCAUUUAAAUUGGUUGUUGCAAACUUCAACAUUUUUGCAAUUUAUAAAAGUUAUUGCAAGCACCAGCAUAGCAAUCUGACAGCAUGAGGACCAAAAAUCCAUGAAGUACCAUCUGUUGCUAGUGGUCAGCCCCCCAAAUGAUCUGCAAGGAGUGAAGGAAAAAACUGCAAAAAGCAAACAGAGCUAAACAGUCUCUGAACAAAGUAAAUGGCACCAGAACAUGAAAGAAAGUGAUAAAAUUUGAGCAAGAAAUAGAGUGAUAUUGUCAUUCCCAAAGGAGGAAUUAUGUGAAAUUAUCACGUCUUUUGCUGUAUUAGAAUUGGAGUCACUUGGAUUUAAUAUGUUUGCCAAUUAAGGAGUGACAAAUAAUUUUACAGUAAUGAUUAAAGAAGAACAAGCUAAGGGGUAAUGGGAACGCUCUCGAGAUUGACCUUCGGUAUUAAAUUUGACAAUGGAGCUUGCUAUUUUUCCUUCUCUGUUCCUUGUUAACAUGGUACAAAUACAAAUAAAUAUUUGAUCAUCAAUAGUACUCAAAGCUUUUGGAACACUUUAAAAAUACACUCCACUGCCACAAAUGUAUUGGUUAGAAUUAUGCAUUUGAGCUCUAAAGAAGCCCAGUAAGGAAGGAGUUGAAGAACCAAGGAAGCAAUGUGGGCAACAGCACAACAAAAGAAAAUUUGGUUUUUUUUUUAAUUAGCCCGACACUUAUUUCGAUUUGGCCAUUUUGCCUUUCUUUCUUUUUUUUUUUCCAACACACUUGUUCAGUAAAUAAAAUACUCAACCAACAACAACCCUUUUCCAGCAAAAGGGGAAAGUCAACAGCCCACUGUUUUGGAGAAGGCUUCAUAAGUCACCCAGACAAAUGUUCUUGCUUUAAAACCUUUAGAAAGGUUUUUAAAAGUUUUAAAAGAAAACCACCUGCUAAAUGAAAAGACACUUUUGCUUUUACGCCUGUGCGUGGCAACAAUUUGUGGGGAAGCAGGCAAGGCAGCGUAAUAAAUUGGGUCAUCUGUGGAAGCGGCAAGAAUGCCACCGGCUGCCGAAGAAAUGGGACUUCCUUCGGAUUGCAAACGGUCUGGGUGGAACAGUGAGCAGCUGAGUUUAGAAAGGGCUUUUUUUCCAUCUGGCCUGGCACGUUGCUAACUGCACCGAAUUCUGGCUUGUGGUCUUGCACAGUCUGUGUGCCUUUUUUCUCCCCUUUAUGCAAUCUUUCUCAGCUUUAGCAGCAGAUAUUUUGGUCUGGUGGGAAUAACAUGUGAGAGGGUGGAUUUGGGGAAAGAUAAAUGAAUACGCUCCGGGUUUGCAAGUCCGACUGGAGGAAAUCUUUUUAAAGCCUUAAGUUACUUGAAAACCUUCACUUCUGCAAACUUUUGUCUCUGGAAUUGCGUAAUGCUAUACUGGAAAUCUCAGGCCGCAUGGUGGUUCUAUCCAAUUGAGCAAAAAGACGGUUCACUAUUUCCCGGAGCGCCUCUUCUGCAGUAGCUGUUUCUCCAAAGGACAAGUGUACCCCUCACUCCAUUGACUCCAAAUCAACAUGAAUCUGACUGAUUUUCAUUUUUUUAAGUGUUACAUUUUCUUAGCCAACCGUCAUCAUCUUUUAUAAGAAAAUUUUUCACUAUGCAUUUGGUGGAUAUUUAUAAAAACUGAUCUUCUCUUCUGCUUCAGCCCCCCUCGAUUCUGAUCUGUCUUAAAACUUUUGAUCCUAUUGAUAGAAACCGUAAAGAGAUUUAUUUAUAUUUGCUGCACUAGACAUAGUACUUUUCUUAUGUCAAAAGGGAAAAAUACAACAAAGCAUGUACGCAGCAGUGGAACAUGGGCCUAUUCUCUUCAGUGAUUCCAACAUCCUCUGCCUCUCAUGGAAAGGCAGGGUUCCAAAAAGUGAAAAGGAAAAACCUGUAUGCCGGAGGCGAUAUUACGAGGAAGGCUGGUUGGCCACAGGAAAUGGCAGGGGAGUAGUGGGCGUUACCUUCACUUCCAGCCACUGUAGAAAGGACAGAAACACACCCCAGCGAAUCAACUUCAAUUUAAGAGGCCACAACAGUGAGGUGGUUCUUGUGCGAUGGAACGAACCCUUCCAGAAGCUGGCAACUUGUGAUGCUGAUGGCGGAAUAUUUGUUUGGAUUCAGUAUGAAGGCAGAUGGUCUGUGGAGCUUGUGAACGAUCGUGGAGCACAGGUGAGCGAUUUUACAUGGAGCCAUGAUGGAACACAAGCACUUAUAUCAUACAGAGAUGGAUUUGUGCUGGUUGGAUCAGUCAGUGGACAAAGACAUUGGUCUUCAGAGAUUAAUCUGGAGAGUCAGAUCACCUGUGGCAUAUGGACACCUGAUGAUCAACAGGUCUUAUUUGGUACUGCUGAUGGUCAGGUUAUUGUUAUGGAUUGCCAUGGCCGAAUGCUGGCACAUGUUCUUCUUCAUGAGUCCGAUGGCAUCCUUAGUAUGUCCUGGAAUUACCCAAGUUUCUUGGUGGAAGACAGUAGCGAGAGUGACACAGAUUCAGAUGAUUAUUCCCCACCACAAGAUGGUCCAGCAGUAUAUCCAGUCCUGGUUCAGAACACCAAACAGCUUCUCACUGUCAGCUUCACAUCAGGAGAUAUUAGUUUAAUGAACAACUAUGAUGACUUAUCUCCUACCACCAUCCGCUCAGGGUUAAAAGAUGUAGUGGCUCAGUGGUGCACGCAAGGAGACUUGCUGGCCGUAGCAGGCAUGGAAAAACUAAGCCAACUGGCUGAACUUAACGCUGCUUCUUUUCUAAAAAGUGCACUCGUCAAAUUCUACAAUAUUCAUGGAGAACACAUCUACACGUUGGAGACCCCUGUACAGCGCCCCAUAAUCUCAAUUUGCUGGGGUCAUAGGGACUCGCGUCUGCUCAUGGCUUCUGGCCCUGCCCUGUAUGUUGUCCGAGUAGAGCACCGAGUGUCCAGCUUACAGCUCCUGUGCCAACAAACAAUUGCCAGCUCUUUGAGGGACGACAAAGAUAUCAGUAAAUUAACUCUGCCUCCUCGGCUUUGUUCAUACCUAACCACUGCCUUUACACCAACAAUCAAGCCUCCUAUCCCAGACCCUAACAACAUGCGAGAUUUUGUUAGUUACCCAACAUCUGGCAAUGAAAGGCUUCACUGUACAAUGAAGCGGACAGAAGAUGACCCAGAAGUUGGAGGUCCUUGCUAUACAUUGUAUUUAGAAUAUUUGGGUGGUUUGGUGCCUAUCUUGAAAGGUCGUCGAAUUAGUAAACUCAGGCCUGAGUUUGUCAUCAUGGAUCCUAAGACAGAUGGAAAAGCAGAUGAAGUCUAUGGAAACAGCUUGAUUUCCACCAUGAUUGAUAGCUGUAACUGCUCUGACUCCAGUGAUAUUGAACUGAGUGAUGAUUGGGCUGGGAAAAAAUCUCCCAAAAUCACUCGUGCUAGUAAAUCACCCAAACUUCCCAGAAUUAAUAUAGAAGCUCGCAAAUCUCCAAAGUUAUCACGAGCUGCUCAGGAGAUAUCAAGAUCUCCCAGAUUGCCAAUAAGGAAGCCCUCCAUAGGAUCACCUAGUUUAACUCGUAGAGAAUUUCCUUUGGAAGACAUCACUCAGCACAAUUAUCUUGCUCAGGUCACAUCAAAUAUCUGGGGAACCAAAUUUAAAAUAGUAGGCUUGGCUGCGUUCCUACCAACCAAUCUCGGUGCAGUUAUCUAUAAAACUAGCUUGUUGCAUCUUCAGCCAAGGCAAAUGACCAUUUAUCUCCCAGAAGUGCGGAAGAUUUCCACUGAUUACAUCAACCUACCUGUUUUCAAUCCCAAUGUUUUUAGUGAAGAUGAAGAUGAUUUGCCAGUGACUGGAGCAUCUGGAGUUCCUGAGAACAAUCCACCUUGCACCGUAAACAUCCCAAUUGCUCCUAUUCACAGUUCAGCACAAGCAAUGUCACCAACUCAGAGCAUAGGGCUGGUGCAGUCUUUGCUAGCUAAUCAGAAUGUGCAACUGGAUGUCCUCGCAAAUCAGACAACAGCUGUGGCAACAGCAGACCACGUGGCUGAUAAUGCAGUCCAUUAUCCAAUCCCAAGCAGAUACUCUAGCCCAGGCCAAGUGAUCUUUGGAGGAGUAGAAAUGGGACGUAUCCUCCAGGUCCCUCCUCAGUUACCCUUGCCACCCCAGAAUGCCAUCCAGAUGGCAAUUGUGGACCACAGAGAGGGGGACAGAGACCAUGAACACCUCCAAAAAGCUAAGGCUCUGCGUCCCAUCCCCCAGGUGGCUGAAGGAGACACAGCUGUCUUCAGCACUGCCCAAGAAAUUCAACUGAACAAAAUAAACCCUCCUCCUCCAUACCCCGGAACCAUACCUGCGGCUCCUACCACAGCUCCACCACCACCACCACCUCCUCUAGUACCUCCACAACCUCCGGUAGAUCUCUGUUUGAAAAAAGGUGAUUUCUCUCUAUAUUCAGCAGCCCAUUACCAGACCCCUCUUGGCUAUGAGAGAAUCACCACCUUCGACAGCAGUGGGAAUGUUGAGGAGGUGUGCCGCCCUCGAACCCGGAUGGUGUGUGCCCAGAACACGUACACUCUGCCCGGGCCAGGCAGUUCUGCCACUUUACGGAUUACUUCAUCAGAGAAGAAGAUUCAGCAGCCAUGCACUAGUGCCACCUUGAACAGGCUCACAGUUCCACGUUACUCCAUUCCAACAGGGGACCCACCCCCUUAUCCAGAGAUUGCAGCUCAGCUAGCUCAAGGCCGGGGCAUCACGCAAAGGUUGGACAAUAGCAUCAUUCAUGCUACACUGCGGAGGAAUAGUAGGGAGGCAGCCCUGAAAAUGGCUCAGUUGGUGGACAGCCAGAGGGCCACUUUGCAAUUCCCACUGAAACUGAAGAGCAAUGUUGUGGGAGCCCAGUACCAGCAGCGAGUGCCAACUGCCCUGUACACAUGCAGCCAGUGCAGUAGCAACACGAACAAUGGCACCAGCAACACGAACAAUGGAAAUGGGAACAUCAGUAAUAUCAACGCAAGCAGCAUCGCAGCAGGCCUCAGCGCUAUGAGGCCUGAUGUAACCACAGGGAGCAGCUCUCAGCACAAUUCAGUCAUUGCACACUCAGCCAGUACAUCGCCUUUGGCCUCCCAAUCCUCUUACAAUUUACUUAACCCACUUGACAAUUCUCGGGAGCGGACUGAUUACGUAAACUCUGCCUUCAUGGAGGAUGAGGCUCUUUCUCAACACUGCCCUGUGGAGAAAUCAGCACGCCACGUCCCUGUAGCCAUGGCAGAACCUAACAUUGCUGUAAAAAGGCCGCCUCCCUAUCAGUGGGAACCUAUGGUGAGCGAGGAGAUAUGGGUUCCUCAAGAAAGGACAGCUCAUAGUACUUUGCCCAACCCUGGUAAAUCCAACCCUCUAGUCAUUGGCCAAGCUCAACAUUUGGAUAUAUCCCGAGCAACCUUUGUUUCCCCCAAAUCUCCAACCAGUCCCACUGCCACUUUCCAGAUGAGUUAUGGUGUUGGAGCACCAUAUUUGGGAAAUUAUAGUAUCCCUCCUCCUCCACUUCCUCCUCUUCAAGGAAUGCAGGUCCCCUGUUCUCCCAAAGAAGCUCUGGCCCCAUCCCAAAUUGUACAACAGGAGCCAUCUGUUGUUCUUCAGCCAGCCUAUCCCUCAAACCUCUCCUACUGCCCUUUGCCUCCCAUGUAUCCUGGAAAUAGUACUUGUUCAAGUUUACAGCUGCCACCAAUGGCCUUGCAUCCGUGGAAUUCCUAUAGCACAUGCCCACCUUCUGUCCAGAGUACCCAGAAUGUUCUGCCACCCAAGGCGCUUCUUGUGGUGGACAAAUCUGUUAUGUCUCCACCACCAGUAGAGCCUCCGGGUCAUGUGGGCUCUGAUGUGAUGGCAGAGACCGCAGAUAACUUCCAAGAAGUGCUCUCCUUGACUGAAAGUCCCAUUUCUCAGAGGACAGACAAGUUUGGGAAGAAGAAUCGCAAGCGCCUGGAUAGCCGGGCGGAUGAAGGAAAUAUGCAGGCUAUCACAGAGGGAAAAGUAAAAAAGGAGGCCAGGACCACAUUGACUGACUUCAAUUCCUUAAUAGCCAGCCCAAGACUGGGCAGGGAGAAAAAGAAACUCAAGAGUCAGAAAGAUCAGUUGAAGUCAAAAAAACUGAACAAGAUGAACGAAUUUCAGGACAGCUCAGAAAGUGAGCCCGAAUUGUUUAUUAGCGGGGAUGAACUGAUGAAUCAGAGCCAAGGGAGUAAAAAGGGGUGGAAAACGAAAAGGAACUUGAGGACAGCCAGCGAACUGGAUGAAUUUAAAUGUCGAAAAGCAAACGAGAAGGAAGAUGGGCGGCUGGGAAACCAGGGCUUUGUGUACGUGAUGGCAAAUAAACAGCCUUUGUGGAAUGAGGCAACCCAGGUCUAUCAGCUGGACUUUGGAGGGAGGGUGACUCAAGAAUCUGCAAAGAAUUUCCAGAUUGAGCUGGAAGGAAGACAGGUCAUGCAGUUUGGACGGAUUGAUGGCAAUGCCUAUAUCUUGGACUUUCAAUAUCCAUUUUCAGCGGUGCAGGCCUUUGCAGUAGCUUUGGCUAAUGUGACUCAACGUCUGAAAUGAAAAGAGAAAAACAGCCUAGAGAGGAUUACAAAAUAAAUAAAUAAAUAAAAAUCCACCCCACCCAAUGGAGCUUUCUCAUAAGGGCCAGCCCAGGAAAUGUCAGGGUGGAGGUCUAGUAGAGUUGCACAAAGGAAUCUGAGAGGAAAGGUGGAAAUGCAACUGGAAAAGUCUACAAGUGCCCGAAGGAGGGCAUCAACUUUAAACACUUGGGGGAACGGGGUGGGGACCCUUUUGGUUUGGGGUUAAAUUUAUUUGAAUCAAUAUUUUGCUGAUUUUUCGGAGCAAGGGAAAGAUGAGAUCUAUUCGGUUAUUAUGCCGGGAAAAUGUGGCUUUUGACUUGUGAUGGUUCUUCUGUGUUUGCUGCAAAAAAUAGCUAAUGUAAGAUGAUAGAGGGAUUUUAAAGAUUGCCCUUCCUUCCUUCCUUCCUUCCUUCCUCCCUCCCUCCCUCCCUCCCUCCCUCCCUCCCUCCCUUUUCUCUCUCUCUCUCUCUCUCUCUCUCUUUCUUUCUUUCUUUCUUUCUUUCUCUCUUUCUUUCUUUCUUUCUUUCUUUCUCACUGUUCUAUUCUUUCUAAAACAGAGAAAUCAUGGCCCCUCACUUUGGAUUUGUUGGUAUUAUUUACAUCAAUUAUAACAGCAAAAAAAGAACAAGAAGGCUAUAAUAUACUUGAAGACAUGUGUUUCUUCCCAGAUAGCUGAGCUCUGUAGGCAUGAUAGAGAUUUGUUGGAAAUCCAUAUCUAAUUUCUAAAAUAUUCUUCAAAAGAAAAGCUAUUACUUUGGGGGUAGUUUGCAAAAGAUGCUGUGUUGAAGAAGCUAGUGAGGGUUUUUUUCUCUUCCUUUUCAUUGUGAUCUGUGAUCUGGAUUAUGAGUCUGUACCAGACAGUAAAAACUAAGGGGCGGGAGGGGGGAGGCCAGGGAAUGAGGCAUGCAGAUACAUGUUGUUUUGAAAUAUUUGUAUUGAUUUUUGUAUGAAUGUAGGAUAUAUAUGACUUGGUGUGGCAUUUAAGUAAGAGCUACAUCUUCUGGUCCUCACUUAACAAUGUUUACAAACUAAAUAAAUAAAAGAUGUAACUUUUGAGCAAUUGGAGUUCCACAACAUUGUAGUACUAAUCCAGAAGACUAUUGGCAAAAACUGGAGCACUUUUUGUGAAUUAUAGGCAACAGGUCAGAUUGGGGUCUUGAGCAAACCAAAAUCAGAUCAGGAUCCAGGACUUGGACUACAUUUAGCUAAGAUUAGCUAAGGGUAGCUAGAUUUAGCUACAUUUGGCUAAGGUUUAAGAAUGGAUGCACAUAAGCAUCUAGCUAAGAUUUAAGAAUGGAUGCACAUUGGCUAAGAUUUAAGAAUGGAUGCACAUUGGCUAAGAUUUAAGAAUGGAUGCACAUUGGCUAAGAUUUAAGAAUGGAUGCACAUAAGCAGACUGUAGAAAGGGAUUGUUUUAAGGUUUCACUGGAGGAAAUCAAGCUGAGAUGGUUAACAAUCCAAAAAAUAUUGUGAUCACUGUUGAACUAUUAUGGGGAAAAUGUGGUAUCUAACAGGAUAAGAUCAAAGCUAGUGUAUUACAUUGGAGUAAAUUUCCUCUUCUUUUGCUAUUCUUGCUGUAUGAAUUCCACUAAGGAUGGAUGCUAAAUUGUAAAUCCGAAGGUUCCUGGUUUAUAUCCAGCUGAAUCUGUGCUGGUUGAAAAAUAAAACCAGAGAUGGAGAAAACUUCCUUUUUCUCUGUUUUUCAAUUUGAAUAUGACCAUUUGGCAAUAAAUUGGAGUGACAGUGCCCCAAUAAAUUAUUUGAAAGUCAAAGCAGAGCGAGAAUGUAAUAGUAUUUUUAUUUAACUUUGGAUAGCGAGCGAUAUUAUUUCUCCUUGAUAAAUUGUCUAUAAUGUGACAAAACCUAUGGCAGAUAUUCCAAAAGAGAUGGUUUUAAGAGGGGGGGCGAACGUGUGUCUGUUUUAUGAACUCAUUAGAUUCCUAUUUUCUUGGCUUUGAGUGUGCAAACCAAAAUAGCUUCCAUGAAAUGCUGCAGAUUUCAGGAAAACAACAACAUUUUUCUUGUUGGUAACUUAUGCAGAAGUUUUAUCUAGAAGGAAAAGCAUUCAGAAACCAGUUUUGUCUUAAGUAAUCCAAAUGUUAUGUCCCGUAUUUCCCACAACUAGAAAUUUUUUAAAUUGCACACUUGUAGCAUAUGUACAUAAGUAGACUUCUUUUAUUAUUUAGUAGAAACAAAUUCUAUUAACAAAGGGAUAAGUAGGGGGUGGGAAAUUUGGAGGAGCUGAAAUUGCUAUUCACUCCUUGCAUUAUCCCUAACUUCUGCAGCUUCACCCACUAUUAUUUCCAUUUUAGAAUGAAAAGGCUUAAAGUUGCAAAAAUAAUAGUUCUAUACUAAAGGGGCAUUUCUCAGGAUGUUGCAUUGUCUAUUUAAUGCAACACAUGGGAUGAUCACAGAACACAAAAGUAUAAAUUGGUAGCUUCCCGGGUUGUACUUUUCAGCCCUAGACAAUCAUAGUAUUUGCAGAGUCCUUGAGGGAAAGGUAUUUGUGGGGUGGGAGAGAAAUAAGAAUAUUCCUUUAUGGGAACCACUCAUCAGACAAAGAAUCAAAACAAAAAAAUUAUCUGGUCCCCAUACAGUGGAUUCAAAGCAUCCCUAACCUUGUCUUUUCCUGCAAGAUACAGGCCAUGUACCAACAGCUUUGCCCUCCCCCCUUUCUUGUUUUGAAUUUCCUGUCCAAAGGUAAUUGGCUUUUUUUGGCUUGGAACCAAAGGUAUCUAGGCUCAGACUGUCCUUUUUUGAUCCAGGGCAGGGGUCUGCAACCUUAAACACUCAAAGAACCAUUUGGACUCAUUUCCCACCGAAAAGAAAACACUGGGAGCCACAAAACCCUUCCCGUGCCUGACUAUUUCUUGAGCGGCCACAAAACUAGCAUAUGUAGUUGAAUUAAACAUUCUGUUUUCUUCUGAAACUUUUCUUUUCUUGGAUUUAUCCAUGGUUGGCUUACCAGGGGCUCAAUAAAUUGCAUGCCAGUGUGUUUCGCACAUUGGCGGUUGUGACACAUAUUUUGAGUGAUGGAGCCGCAGCAGAGGGUGAAAGAGCCACAUGUGGCUCCAGAGCAACAGGUUGCCAACCCCUGAUCCAGGGGCACAUUUGCCCAUUUCCUCUUUCUGGUACAGGUCCCUGGUGAAAGGGAAUCUCUAAUUCCGGGGAACAGCUCUUCAGGAUCCAAAGGUAGCUGCAUCCAAAGAGAUAACUUUAUUGAAGAAUAAAGGUUUCACCUGCUCAGUAUUAUGUCUCAAGUUGUUCAAAGCUCAGAUGUAAGUCUGAUAAAAUAAAUAAAUGAAUGAAACAGCAACCCUGGUUCUGACCAAUCAAGAGGGUUUAUGUGUCUCUUCUAACAGCUACAUUUUUGUUAGAUGUCUGUAGAUCAGAUGAUGGUCGUCCUUGGGCAAGAGAUUUUUAAUAAGGCUUCUGAGUCAUGUAAAAAAUAUUUUAGAAUGCAGUUCUUGCUAUAUCCACCAGACCUUUUUAUGAUAUUUAAUAUAGAAAGUCCAUCUUUCUAAAUUCUUAACUCUGAAUAACAUCAAUUGCAAAGCACACGUUUUUAUUAAUAGGAAAAUACCAUCUUGGCAACAAGUUUUGGUGCAAGAACAAUUUUGUUUCCUGAGCGCUGGAUUUUCUCCUUCCACCUCCUAUUUGAGGGGAGAAUAAGUCAGUCCUCACAAACAAUAUAGAGGUUAGACAGACUGUAAGUCAGAAAUCUCUGGUUUGUCCAACACUAUUGGAAUCCAGAUCUUAUCAAUCAGUAAACAGGACUAGCAGUUAAGAAUGAAAGACAGGAUCCAAUACGAGUUGGAAAGCUGCAGAAUUCAUUUCCUUGCUUUCCUGCUCCACUCUCAUUUGUUGGAUCCUUCCUCAGUUCUAAUUCCAGAGGAGAGAUGGGUAACUUUUGAUGACUUGAACAGAUUAAAAAUAAGCUGGAAAGAAGCUUUGACAGGGUAGAGAUGCAAUGACAUUGAAAGAGAUUCUCAGAGAUUUUUGAUCCAUGUACAUGUGAUGCAUUAUGCCUAAAACAAGAGUUACAUACUAUUUUGUUUUAAUUGCCCUAAACAAUCAAACUCUUCUUCCUUGGCUAUUUGCACAUUUUGGGAGUGCCACUCCAAAAAAUAAAAAUCGAUUUCUUUUGCUCAGCCAUCUCCCCUUAGCAAAGUGCUGCAAUUUUCAAUUCUCCAAUAGCAUAAAUUGCUUUUUUUCCUUAGGGAAUCUUUCCAUGUCUAAAUAUUCUCAAUCUAAGGCAGUGUCUCCCAAUCUAAGCAAUUUUAUGAUAAGUGGAAUUUAAUAAUUCUCCAAUAAACAUGCUGGCUGGGGAUUUCUAGGAAUUGAAGUUCACACAUCUUAAAAGUUGCCAAGGUACAGAAAGACUGAUUUUGCCCCUGAAGAAAUUGCUGAGAAAGAGUUAACAACUGCCAUUUGCAGUAAAGUUUGCCAUUAUAUUCUGAGACUAUUUUGAACACCCUCUCAUUUGGAUUUACUGACAAUGGCCAUUCCCCUCGAAGAAAUCAUCUUCAGCAUUGCUGCAUUUGGAUAUUGCCUCCAACACUCCUUGGUUUGAAGAAAUGCCUAAUAAACAAAUAUAAUUACAGUAUGUUUGGUUUACAGUGUGAAAUUGAGGAUUAUGUUUAGGCUUAUAAGAAACCUUUAAUUGGAAAUGAUUGGUUUUUAUUUAUAUAAAGCUUGAUAAUGUAUAUAUUAUUUUAUAUGCUGCUCCAUUUCUGAAGGCUCUUGAGUAG